AUGGAGUUACAAAGUAAAAAUAGUUUUGUUGAUAAUAAUCGGUCAAUGAGAAUAUGUUGUGUAGUUGGAUGUAGCAAUUCGGAAAAAAAAAAUCCAGAAUUGAGUUUCUAUUCUUUUCCUGGACGUAAUUAUGAAGUUGAGAGGAAACAAAAAUGGAUAGCUGCCGUAAGGCGUUUAAGCGAAGGAAAUAAACUGUGGCAACCGACAGCCAAUUCUCGAAUAUGCAGUGCGCAUUUUGACGGAGGCUAUGAUUCAACAUUCAAUCUAACCCAAAAUGAUUCAUCGACCUUGGUAGAAACUUCUGACAUUUGUAUACAAACUGACAUAACUUUGGAUAUUCCACAAAAUAUUAAUAUCAUUCACUUAUUUUGUUCUUCUGAUGGUAACGAUAAAAGUACACAAACAGAUAUACAGUUGACUAGCUACCACACAAUCAAAGAGAAGGUAGUUGUAGAAGAUCAGGAAAUACAAGAAGAGAUAAGUAAAUUGAAUAAAAACUACAAAAGUGUAGCUUGUGGAUCAGAUUUAGAGAUGAGGGAUUAUUUCACAGGAUUUGCUGGUAUCACAAGUGAGCAAGAUUUAAAAAUUUUGACUGGAAUAAAAUUCGACUUCUUUAAUCAUCUGUUAAAGUUUAUAAUACCUGAAAAGGAUGGGCAACCACAGUUCUUUAAAACACUAUCUACAGAAGAUCGUUUGUUAUUAUUUCUGAUGAAAUUAAAACUAGGAAUAAGCUUUUCUGCAAUCGGAUUACUUUUUGGAGUGAGCAGACAAACAGUUUCAAAUAUAUUUUUUAGCGUACUGGAGACUGUCUAUAAAAAUGUAAAAAAAUGGAUAUUUUGGCCAUCUAAGGAAGCUGUAAAACAGACUAUGCCAGAUACCUUUGUCAACUAUCCCGAUUGCAGAGUGAUAAUUGAUUGCACUGAAGUUUAUACUGAUACACCUUCAAGGGUCGACGAAAGAAUACACAUGUUUUCUCAAUAUAAAGGUGGUUAUACAGCAAAAUUUUUGUUGGGCAUAAGUCCAUCUGGGAUGAUAACCUUCUUAUCACGAUCGUACGCUGGACGUUCCACUGACUCAUUCAUAGUCAACGAUUCUGGUUUUCUAAAUUACAUUGAGCCAGGUGAUCAAAUUUUAGCAGAUAAAGGUUUUCCGCAGAUAAAAGCAGAGGCUCUACAACGUAAUUGCACAGUAGUAAUUCCACCCUUUGCAUUUAAUCCUCAAUUCACUAAAGAAGAAGUCUUAGAACAAUAUUCAAUCGCCUCAGUAAGAAUACAUAUUGAGAGGGCGAUACAGCGAGUAAAAAUUUUCAAGAUACUGCAACAUCUCAACACUGAAUUGUUUGAAACAAUAGAUGAGAUCAUGUACGUUAUUUGUGCACUGGCUAAUCAUAAAGAGCCAUUAAUUAAAAAAAAUAAAUAA